UCAUUUCAAUUGCGAAAUUUUUUAAUUCCGUCAUACAAGCGCGGCCGUCAGUUGGCUUGUGUUUUGUGUAUAUUUUGUUUAAAAACUAUUUGACAAAUGGCAAAAUACUUUAAUUUUAACAAUUAGAUGUUAAUAUUAUAUUAUGUAUACAUAAGAAUUAUGUAAUAUUAUUUAUGAAAAAGUUAAUACUGUGAUGUGUUAUGUUUUGGCGGCAUUACUAUUAAGCUACCGAAAUAGAUCUCCUUGUGUUAUAAUAUAUAAAUGUUCUAGUGCAUAAAUAAAUGCUCCAGUAAAAUUCAAGGUUUCUCAUAAGAAAUAUGUUGAAGUGGUUUCUGCGUUUAUAGUGAUUUUUAACCAGUGGCCUAAUAAUGGAGAAUCCGACCGUUAGUGAAUUGCGGUCAAGGUCCCGGUCUAAGACACCCUUCCUAAGAUCGAGCUGUGAUCGUGAAAGCUGCGUAGAAAGUGAGGAGCAUACACAUCUAAAAACAGGACGCAGAACGCCUAUUAAAAGAAGCACACCUAUCAAGCAGCUACAGCCCCCAACAAAAAAAGGCAGCAUAGAAACAGUGCAAGAACAAGAUGAAACCCCACCAGCCCAUCGCACAAGGCAGUCUAAUAAAACGGAAAAACUCAUCAAGACAUCAGACUAUUCUUCUGAAGAGAGUCUGGAUAGACUUAAGGCCCAUAAAAAAGAGAUUUAUCAGAACGAAAUCAACAGCCAGUAUGAGAGUGUUUCAAGUUCACGUCACUACAGAACGCUCGCUGACGUCACCCUUAGCCCCAUAUCGCAUAAUCUGACGCAUGACAGGUCGUACCGUAUUGGAAGUCCUACCUACAGUGCCUGUUCAACAGACAGCUCCUUCGCAGAACAAGCAUUGGCCGACGCUAGUGCUCUCUUAGAUAAGGAACCGAACCACGAGCAUCUACCUUAUCGGCUUUAUAAAAUGGCGGGAGAGUACUGGAAUAAAUACCCCAAAACGGACUACACAUAUUCCCCAAUGUCUCGGGACCGCGUGGAGCUGGCUCCGGGGCAAGUGGCUGUCCCGAAUAUGUCUCGUCGCUCUCUGUCCCAAUUCCGGGUUCAAGGUCCAAAUACAGUGGACGAACCUGACCAGUUUGUGUCCACUUGGACAAGUACAACUACGAGGAAACGUUUCACGACGGUAGAGAGUUCUGAUGAUGAGAGCCCGUACAUUCAUAACGGUUAUGGUGCGAGAGAGGAAAAAUGGUGGUUUACUCAACUAUUGGCAACAAUACUAACUACGAUCCGUACAAGCACUCGUAACGCCUAUAGGAAGGUGGUUGGCCCGUCACAUAGAUAUCCUUAUACUGACAGGAGGCCCGCUAAAGCUAACGUUAUAUCACAAGCUGCAAGCGUCGUUACAGCGCCUUUCUACUGGAUAUACACUCUCAUCACUACGGUCAUCACCACAACGGUUACUACGGUCACUGAAACGAUAUCGCCGAGUAAAGCAAUUCAAACUGAAAAACAUCGAGCCAUGUAUAAUAAGCAUGAGGGUGGGAAAUGGAAGCUGUGGCCGCUUUUGCUUUUAUUACCGGCUGUUGGAUAUGGAUAUUAUAAAUACAACGAUCGAGUACUGGACACGUAUGCGUCCCCGAUAAUCGAUCAAGACGCGGACUUGACCAAACGAGUCGCGGCGCUCGAAUCGUGGGCUCUAAAUGUCGAUAAUCGAUUCAAACUUGUCGAUGAAAAACUAUCGAAAAUCGAUAACUUUGAAGCCCAAAUAGAGCACUAUUCGUUUAAGAAUUUGCAACAGAAUUUGAUACAGAUUUUAAGCAUGGACGAUAAUAGUGAAGCUAUUGCCAGUAAACUGAAGGAGCACUUCGAUAGAAAUUACAUUUCGAAGGAUGAAAUGCAAAUAUUGAGUCAGCAGAUACAUGAGAGAUUGAUCAAUUCGUGGAAACCUGAUAUGAGUGAAGAUGAUAUUAGGAGAUUAGUACAGGAGUAUCUGUUGACUGUGGAGAAACGGCAGAUGGCGGUCAUAGUUGAGAAGGUUAAGGAGUAUGUAGGAAAUGUGGCGGCACCUGGAGGUGGUGAUGACCCAAGCCAUUAUGACUCUGAGGAGAUACAAAAACUGGUGAUGAGUAUGCUGGAGAUCUACGAUGCAGAUAAGACCGGAUUGGUCGAUUAUGCGUUGGAGUCUGCAGGCGGUCAAGUUAUAUCGACGCGCUGUACUGAAUUAUACCAGAUCAAGACGAAGCAGUACUCGAUCCUCGGUUUGCCAGUUUGGUGGGUGUACACGUCGCCACGAUACGCUCUAACGCCAGGGAAUAUGCCCGCUGAAUGCUGGGCUUUCCAGGGUUUCCCGGGAUACCUGGUAAUUCGUACAUACGCAAUCAUUGAAGUAACGGGUUUUUCUUUGGAGCAUAUGUCUCGCCUGCUGGCUGCUGAAGGGAAGAUUGAAUCUGCACCUAAAUACUUCUCAGUUUAUGGACUCCAUGGUGAAUUGGACCCAGAGCCACAUUUAUUCGGUAACUACAUGUACGACGCUAAUAGCACGGCCAUACAACACUUCCCCGUUCAAUACCCCAAGACGACCAACAUUGGGGGUAUAGAAUACCCAGUCGCUUACGACAUUGUCGAACUGCGGGUCGAGAGUAACCAUGGCAACCCUACAUACACCUGUGUUUAUAGAUUUAGGGUACAUGGCAACCCUUUGAAUGAUAUACGACAAGCCACAGAUGAUAGCAUUAGAGACAGUGAAACAUAGUUGUGGCCUUAUAACUUUAGUACAAAGUGACUUAAUGUGUUCCGAUUUAGCGUUAGUGUGACCAUUUAACUGUGAGGAGUUUGCUCGCCUUGUGAAAAAAAUGGUAGAAUUUUAAAAAUAUCUAUACUUAAUUGUAACAUUUUAAUUCAAUUAUCAAUGGUGUUGCAAUAACUCAAAUCCCUAAUCUCAAUACCGCACAAGGCAUACGCUUAGUUCGUCAUAUAAGGUAGAUUAAGUUUUAUAUUUUAACUAUUUAAUGUACUAGUAAGCGCUGCGCGUUAAGUACAAAGUCAGCUUUUACCACUUGACGAGGUCAUCGACCCUUUGUGGAAACAGCUGAUUAUUAUUAAGUUUUUACCCAAUCACAGCAUGUUGACUAGACUAUUUACUCAUCUUAUACAAACAAGUACGUUGGAUCUAGGGCCCUAGACAAAAAUACUUAGUGACCCAUUUGAAUUUGUAUGAAAUUGGUCACGUGACCGCGUGUGAGUAAAUGUCAUUCCUAUAUAAUUUUAUUUGAAAUUGGGAGUCACGACUAUUAAAGUAUUUUUGUCUAAAAGCCGGUUUCCAUAAUUAUAUUGUAAUUUUGCGCAUUGCACAUGAGUAGGAUUUUGUACAAAAAAACAAACACUCAACAAGAUCGUGAUAUUAAGCCUCGAAUCUACUGUUAGGCGCAGGAGUCCUCGAUAAGAUUUUUUUAAAAUAUUCUUUAGGACUUUAAUUUAUUGAAAACAAAUCUGUAUGCAAUUAAUAAUUGAAUAGGAUUAAAAUUUAAGCUAGCAUUUUAAGUUCUUUCUAAAGGUUCUUAUAUGGACAACGUAAAAUCAUGUAUUUACAUAUUGAUAUUUCUAACUAACGAACGGGCAGUCCAUUUACUACUAUGAUAACGCUCCGUAAUUCGUAUGUUAGGUAUAGCAAGUCCGACCAUAAUUUUAACCUAGUUUUAGUGAAGGAACUAGUCCAAUUUAGUUAAUAUUUUUUUUGCAAAUUAUAAUGGAUUACGUUUUAAUCUCGUUCUCAUCAUGUUUUCUUAUAUAUUAAGGAAGUACACAAGUAGCACAGAUGUAUUGAACUCACUUUAUAAAGACUAAAUUCGACAUAACAGUCUUAACUAAAGUACUAAUCUUUAUAUAGAUUUGGCGAACGGAGUUAAGUGUUUUAGUUAAAACAGUGUAAACAGUUUAAGUUUUUAUGAAUGACAGUGUAAGAAUUACAAAAAAACAUUUAUAAUUUUAACAGAAAUAGUACAAAAGCAUAGAAUUUCGCGUUUUUAGCCAUCAUUGUUUGUUGAUUGACUAUUUAAUAGUUAAAAAAUAACAUGAUACAAAAUAAGGCAGCUCGAAUUCUUGAAGUUAAUAUUAAUUGAAAUGUCGAAGCAUCGCGAAAUUAUAAUUUUACAAUAAAAACCGAAUGACCUAUAUAUGUUGAAUGUAAUAUGGCAUGAUGACGACUUUAAUCUGUAUUUUCCUCUGAAUAGAUGUUUUCAUGCAAUGCAUCACGAAUAAAGCAUCCAGGCCACUACACUGCUCUUAAUAAAAAAACUACAAAAAAGAAUAAAACCUUUACUUUACUACUUUGUGGUGCUUUCGGUCUAACUAUAUAAAUACUAUUUAUUGCUGUAUAAUAUGAUUGUUGUUCAUUAUGUAUUAUACCAAGUUUCCUCACCGUGUCUUAUAGGAUUGUUAAUACAUAGUACUAUUUAUUAAUAACGACAAUAAUUUCCAGUAAUCAUGUAAAUUAUUACUAAUUGAAUAUCUAAAACUUCGAGAAUGUCGUCGUACAAAAAUCCUACAAUAUAUUUUCGUAAUAUGUAUAUAAAAAUAAAAUUUUCUACAGUUUUAUCCAAUAAAUACGUGUAAUGCCUGAUUGUAUGAAUUUAUUAAAUGAGUGUAUUUUAACUUAUUUAAUUGCGGUGUGAAUUCUUUUUUAAGUUAAGGUUAGUGUUUUACCAUAUGCUUCACCGAAAUUGUCUAAAUGUGUUGUUCCAAUUAAAGUUUUAAUAAAAUA